AUGCAGAACACAAUCUCAGAAGUAACAAGGUCACUCCCUCCCGGAUUCAGAUUCCAGGCCACUGAUGAGGAGCUUCUGUUGGACUACUUGAAGCCCAAGAUUCUCGGACAGCCCGACGGACGCCACUACGGCAUGAUACCGGAGAUUGAUGUACUGGAAUUCGAACCUUGGCAAUUGCCCUCCCUGUUCGGUCACAUGUUCAGCGGUAAGGAGCUGUUUUUCUUUUGUCACGUUAAGCGCAAGUACUUGAACAGCAACCGCUCCAACCGGACAACCAAAGCCGGUUAUUGGAAACCGACCGGCGAGGUGCCCACCAUCGUGAGCGAGGACACUGAGGCAAAGAUAGGAAUCAGGAAGACACUAGUGUUCUAUGAAGGCCGCAUGCCCAAAGGCACAAGGACUAACUGGUUGAAGCACGAAUAUCACCUAAAUCCCAAGUGUUUGGGAAACAAUCACGCUGAAAAUGAGAUGCUGCCUUAUGUGGUAUGUCGGAUAAAGUACAAAAAGGACAAGAAGCUGAUGAAGGGUCGUGCUCCGACGAUCAGCCCUGGAGGCUAUCCAAACAGCGCUUUCACAAACACUAACAAUGUAUCAGAGACCCCUAUGAAUCAAGAAGAGGACCAUUUGAGCUACUGUAACUACCCCAACAAUGAAGCUGCUGAGAACCGUCAAGCUGUUGAUGCUCAACCUGAGAUGUCAGUGGAAGAGUUAAUGGAAUCGCUCCCUUCAUCUCAACCACUGGAUGGCAAUUUAUCAUACUACAACACCACUCCAGCCUAUCAGCCCCAGGCAGCAGCAGGGGAAGGAUCAUCGUCCUUCUUUGAUUUCUCACAUGACAACGAUGGCAAUGAGUUUGGCCACGGGUACAUGCCAUCUCCAUACAUCAAUUCCAUAUUAUUCCGGUUUCACUGUGCAAUGUCUGAGGACUUCUCUACUACAAUGUGCGACAAUGGUCGAUCAUAA